ACCCCGGGCGGGACGCGAGCGCAGCCCCUUGGGCGCCCGGCCGCGCGCCCCGGAGCCGGCGGGCAUGGAGCCCUGGAAGCAGUGCGCGCAGUGGCUGAUCCACUGCAAGGUGCUGCCCGCCAACCACCGGGUGACCUGGGACUCGGCGCAGGUGUUCGACCUGGCGCAGACGCUCCGCGAUGGGGUCCUGCUCUGCCAGCUGCUCAACAACCUCCGGGCGCGCGCCAUCAACCUGAAGGAGAUCAACCUGCGGCCGCAGAUGUCCCAGUUUCUCUGUUUGAAGAACAUUCGGACGUUUCUCACGGCCUGUUGUGAGAUAUUUGGAAUGAAGAAAAGUGAACUCUUCGAGGCCUUUGACCUGUUUGAUGUUCGUGACUUCGGGAAGGUCAUAGAGACAUUGUCACGGCUUUCUCGCACACCGAUAGCAUUGGCCACAGGGAUCAGGCCCUUCCCAACAGAAGAAAGCAUUAAUGAUGAAGACAUCUACAAAGGCCUUCCUGACUUGAUAGACGAGACGCGUGCGGAGCAUGAAGAGGACCUCUAUGACUGCGUCUAUGGGGAGGACGAGGGCGGCGAGGUCUACGAGGACCUGAUGAAGGCGGAGGAGGCGCACCAGCCGAAGUGUCAGGAAAAUGAUAUACGGAGUUGCUGCCUAGCAGAGAUUAAGCUGACAGAAGAAAAAUACACAGAAACUUUGGAGUCGAUAGAAAAAUACUUCAUGGCACCACUGAAAAGAUUUUUGACACCAGCAGAAUUUGACUUGAUAUUCAUCAACAUUCCUGAACUUGUAAAAGUUCAUCGGAGCUUAAUGCAAGAAAUUCAUGAUUCCAUUGUAAAUAAAAAUGACCAGAACUUGUAUCAAGUUUUUAUUAACUACAAGGAAAGGCUGGUUAUUUAUGGGCAGUACUGCAGUGGAGUAGAGCUGGCCAUCUCUAACUUAGAUUAUAUUUCUAAGACAAAAGAAGAUGUGAAACUAAAAUUAGAGUGUCUCCCGCAGGAGCUGGUCAAGCACACCACUGAUUCUGUGGAAAAGGCCAAUCUGAAGCUGGCUCUCGACGCGAUGAAGGAUCUGGCACAAUAUGUGAACGAAGUGAAGAGAGAUAAUGAGACCCUUCGCGAAAUUAAACAGUUUCAGCUCUCCAUAGAGAACUUGAAUCAACCGGUUUUGCUCUUCGGACGACCUCAGGGCGAUGGCGAAAUUCGAAUAACUACCCUGGACAAGCACACAAAGCAGGAAAGGCAUAUCUUCUUAUUUGAUCUGGCAGUGAUUGUGUGUAAAAGGAGAGGUGAUAACUAUGAAAUGAAGGAAAUCAUAGAUCUCCAGCAGUACAAGAUAGCCAACAACCCGACGACUGACAAGGAAAAUAAGAAGUGGUCCUACGGCUUCUACCUCAUCCACAUCCAAGGACAAAAUGGGCUGGAAUUUUAUUGCAAAACAAAAGAUUUAAAGAAAAAAUGGCUGGAACAGUUUGAAAUGGCCUUGUCUAACAUUCGGCCAGACCAUGCGGACUCCAACUUCCACGACUUCAAGAUGCACACGUUCACCCGGGUCACGUCCUGCAAGGUCUGCCAGAUGUUGCUGAGAGGAACGUUCUACCAAGGCUAUUUGUGCUUCAAGUGCGGGGCAAGAGCGCAUAAGGAAUGCUUGGGCCGGGUAGACACGUGCGGCCGAGUUAAUUCUGGCGAACAAGGGCCGCUCAAACCACCAGAGAAACGAACCAAUGGACUCCGAAGGGCUCCCAGACAGCUGGAUCCAGGUGUGUUUCUAAGUCUGCGCUUUGGAAGGACUGCAGGUAGAAAUUUAGCCUCGAGAGAGGUGGGAUUCUUCCCCAGCGAUGCUGUGAAGCCCUCCCCAUGUGUGCCCAAACCAGUAGAUUAUUCUUGCCAACCCUGGUAUGCUGGAGCAAUGGAAAGAUUGCAGGCAGAGACUGAACUUAUUAAUAGGGUAAAUAGUACUUACCUUGUGAGGCACAGGACCAAAGAGUCAGGAGAAUAUGCAAUUAGCAUUAAGUACAAUAAUGAAGCAAAGCACAUCAAGAUUUUAACAAGAGAUGGUUUUUUUCAUAUUGCAGAAAAUAGAAAAUUUAAAAGUUUAAUGGAACUUGUGGAGUACUACAAGCAUCAUUCUCUUAAAGAAGGGUUCAGAACCUUGGAUACGACUCUGCAGUUUCCAUACAGGGAGCCGGAACACGUACCCGGACAGAGGGGUAACAGGGCAGGCAGCAGCUUGCUGAGUCCCAAAGUGCUGGGCAUUGCCAUCGCUCGGUACGACUUCUGCGCGAGGGACAUGCGAGAACUGUCCUUGCUGAAAGGCGACGUGGUGAAGAUUUACACGAAGAUGAGCGCCAACGGCUGGUGGCGAGGAGAAGUGGACGGCAGGGUGGGCUGGUUUCCAUCCACGUAUGUGGAAGAGGAUGAAUAAAUUCCAAUCCAGCAUCGUACCCUGCACCAAAAAUCUCCGAGAACGAAUAAACAGAGACUGCAAAGCAUUACGAAUUACCUGAAGUGUUUAAAAAGCUGCAUUUCUGGCUGUUCAACGUCCUCCCUCCCUUUCCCCUCCUAAGUCUUAAUGCCGGGAUUUCUAAAGACGCUGGUACUGACAGAUUAAUGGCUUGCCUAGAGCCCUGCAAGAAAAGGCCUGCCCAUCUGUCAUUGUCAGGGACCAGGGCAAGGCCAGCAGCUUUUCUUCCCAAAAGAGCCCUGCAAACACAUCCAUUCAGGGUUCUCUUUACCUCCGUUGGGUCAGAUACCCUGAAGGACAGCCGCUAGUAAGUGCUUAAUGUGUAGCUUAUUUUCAUGUGCCAUUCGCCGGAAUGUUUGAUGGUACAGAGAAGCAGAGGCUUAAUUUUGCUUUGCCUAGCAUGAAAAAUAAAUAAAUAAAUAAGAGUAUCGCCAUUUGGAGAAACGCCAGCCCGCUGGAAGGAUUCAGCACUACUUGUCACAAAUUGUCCAACAGGUGACUCACUGCCUAGCAAAUAAUUUCACCCCCAGAUGUUACUCGUGAUAAAAUAUAAAAGACAAGCGCUUGGGUUUGCGUCAUAAGAGAGAAAUCCCAGAAAGGUUUGAAUUACUUGUCUGAUGCUCUGAUUAUAUUUGUACACUCCUUUUUUACAGAAAGCGGGGAUAAAGCACAUGGCAGUUGUCUUCGUAUUAAAUUUGACAGCCCUCAGGAGCCAUAGGGGUAUUUUGGAAAUGUAGUAGUU